ACCGCGCACCAACAACAGCAACAACUCUACUGCGCCUGGCCAAGGAAUAGGAAUUAGGAGCUCACGAAUAAUAUGAAAGGGAUCUGCAAAGGGGAAAUCCGUGCAAAGGAAUCAAAAUCGGGGGACUUUGGGAAAAGAGGAUGUAUUAAAUGCGGCCGACUUGACUUCAUUCUGGUGAAGAAAAUGGGGAUUAAAAGUGGAUUUACGUUUUGGAACCUCGUCUUUUUAUUGAUGAUUUCAUGUGUGAAAGGAUUUAUUUAUACAUGUGGUGGAACAUUAAAAGGACUCAAUGGCACUAUAGAGAGCCCUGGCUUCCCAUACGGCUAUCCAAAUGGUGCAAACUGUACAUGGGUAAUAAUAGCAGAAGAACGGAACAGAAUACAAAUCGUCUUCCAGUCAUUUGCUCUAGAAGAGGAGUAUGACUACUUAUCGUUAUAUGAUGGACAUCCUCAUCCUACAAACUUUAGGACAAGGUUAACAGGAUUCCAUCUGCCUCCACCUGUGACAAGUACCAAGUCUGUCUUCUCACUACGCUUGACCAGUGAUUUUGCAGUGAGUGCCCAUGGGUUUAAAGUAUAUUAUGAAGAAUUGCAAAGUAGUUCUUGUGGGAAUCCAGGUGUUCCACCCAAAGGUGUCUUAUAUGGCACUCGGUUUGAUGUUGGUGAUAAAAUCCGCUACAGCUGUGUGACUGGCUAUAUUCUGGAUGGUCAUCCUCAACUAACCUGCAUAGCCAAUUCUGUCAAUACAGCAUCAUGGGAUUUUCCAGUUCCCAUCUGCAGAGCUGAAGAUGCCUGUGGAGGCACAAUGAGAGGAUCCAGUGGCAUAAUUUCCAGUCCGAGUUUUCCUAAUGAAUAUCAUAACAAUGCUGACUGCACAUGGACAAUUGUAGCUGAGCCAGGGGACACCAUUUCACUCAUAUUUACAGAUUUUCAAAUGGAAGAGAAAUAUGAUUACUUGGAAAUAGAAGGUUCUGAGCCACCAACAAUAUGGUUAUCUGGAAUGAAUAUACCGCCACCAAUUAUCAGCAAUAAAAACUGGCUGCGGCUGCACUUUGUCACAGACAGCAACCACCGCUACCGUGGAUUUAGUGCCCCAUAUCAAGGUAUACUUAAUGAAAGGACUUCUUUUCUCUAG